CGCAGAUCCAGCAGGCUGCGUGGCGUGUCUUCACUUGAUUACGGUAUGGACCAGUACUGCUGCUGCAGCCGUGUUUAGUCGCAGCAACUCUUGCUUCUAGUUUUUUCUACCGCUGGACUGCUCUCCGAAAUCUCAGGUUAUGCCACCCAAAAGGCUUCCUGGAUCCCCAACCGUGAAAGAGAAAGGCUGAUCCCCGUCCUUCCCCAGGUUCCUGCUGCUCUGCACGCCAUCUUUCCCCCCUUCCCUCUCCUGCUUAUUCCCCUCUCCCACCUGCACUAACCCCACCCGAGUCCCACAGCUGGCCCUGCCACCCCAGUUAUCCUUCACCUCUAGGACUGUUCGCCCAGUCUCAUCUACCCCCCAGAAAUCCUUCCCCACAGCAACUCCAUACCCACCUCCCUCUUAGUGUUAUUCCAGCCAGACUAGCCGUCUUUUCUGCAGGUCCCUGUCCUCGUCAUAGAUCUAUUCUUCACCUGCUGGCUGCACGCCAGGCCCCAUGGCUACAGGAGGUCAUGCCCCAGAGAUAGAUGUGUUGAUCAACCCACCACAACUGAAGGUGGAGGAGGAAGAUGAGGAGGGCUCAGCGGAGGAACAAGAAGAAGAAGAGGAGGAGGAGGAGAACUGGGACAAAGUGCUGUCUGUGGAGCGCUUCGGAGACAUCAUCAGUGACUCUGCUUCCACCAGUGGAGACAGGAUGGGCCGACACUACACUGAGAAAGACUUUGAAUAUCACAGACACACAUUUCACCAUACACACCACCCCUUAUCCACUCACCUGCCCGUGCCCCAGCGUUUACGCAAGAGGGUGCACAGCACGGACAGAAGGCGGAAAAAGAAACGGAAGAAAAAAAAGACGUCUCUGGCCCCCUCCAAUGUUACACCGACCAUCCACGAGGUAGACGAGGAAGAAGCGGAGUCUGAGACCGACGGACAGGGGGUGGCUGCCACACCCACAGAGCUACUUGAUGUCCAGCCACAGUUUAGUUUGGGGAGCCAAGAGGACUUGGAGGAACCCCUUCCACUUACUACCUUUCACAUGGAAAACGAACAACAUCAAUUGUCAACGAAAGCCACAUCCAUUCUGACAAAGGGGGAGGCUCGUAAUGGGGAAAUUGCUGUUUUUGGACAGAACGAGGAUGGAGAGGAAGCCGCUUGCAGCAGUGUUCCAGGAUCAGAUCCCUCAAGUUCAACCAUGACCCGCGGCUGGUUCUGUAGGAAGCCCGUCCACCAUCGCCUGGCGGGCGCCCAGCGGAGCAACUAUGACCUGCGGGAGCGGAUCUGCAUAGGCAGCAUGACUGCUCUGGAGACAGCCAUCUACCAGCAGGUGCCCACUGAUGAGGCUGAGGCCCAGAUGUUGGCCAGUGCCGAUCUGGAUGACAUGAAAAGUCACAGAUUUGAGGACAACCCCGGGGUGAGACGUCACCUGGUGAAGAAGUCAUCACGAUGUCUGGUGAACCGGGCCAACAGUUCCACACCGCUAUGCAGUCUGAAGAAGAAGAAGAGAGCAGCAGAUAAGAAAAUUCAUGAGUUGUUUGUGGAGCUGAACGAGCUGAUUGUGGAGAAAGACCAUGAAAUGCAAUGGAAGGAGCGGGCCCGCUGGAUCAAGUUUGAAGAGGAUGUGGAGGAGGAGACAGAACGCUGGGGCAAACCUCAUGUGGCCUCACUCUCCUUCCGCAGCCUGCUGGAACUUCGCCGCACCAUCACGCACGGCGCCGUCCUUCUGGACCUCGAGCAGAAGACACUGCCCGGCAUCAUCCAUCUGGUGGUGGAGACGAUGAUCAUCUCUGAUCAGAUCCGAGCUGAGGACAGACCCAGUGUCCUUCGGGCACUGCUUCUCAAACACUGCCAUCCGAAUGAUAUGAAACAACGUUUUCACCGCCACCACUCAUCCAGCAGUCUUCAUAGCAGCAUCAAUCACAACCACGUCCAGGAACCCACUCUGCCACUAAUGGUGACUGAAGGGCAAGAGGACGAGAACAAGGGGCCAGUAUACGACCCAAAACAAGAUGUGUUUGUCAGCCUGUUUAAAUCUCUCCACCCUGUGCAUCCUGAGAGCUUUCCAGCCGCCGCCAGAUCGAUGAAACUCCUCGCCAAGAUUCCCAAAGAUGCCGAGGCUGUCAUCGUUUUAGUUGGCUGUGUCGAUUUUCUGGAACAGCCAGCCAUGGCCUUCGUCAGGUUGAAUGAGGCAGUCCUCCUGGAGUCGGUGCUGGAGGUCCCCGUCCCUGUUCGCUUCAUUUUCAUCCUGCUUGGUCCCAUUCAGUCCAACGUGGACUAUCAUGAGAUCGGACGCUCCUUCGCCACUCUAAUGUCUGACAAGAGUUUCCACGAGGUGGCCUAUUUUGCUGACGACAGACAGGACCUCCUGAAUGGUAUCAAUGAAUUCUUGGACUGCAGCAUCGUCAUUCCACCCUCCGAUGUGGAGGGCAAAGACCUCCUGAAGACGGUGGCUGACUUCCAGAAGCAGAUGAUGCGCAAGAGGAAGGAAAGAGAACUCAAGAGGCAGCAGUCCUCUGCUGGAUUGGAGCAGAACAACAAAGAGGUGAGUCCAGAGGAGGAGGAGGAGGGAGACCAGGAGGUGGACCCAUUAAAGCGCUCAGGGAUCCCUUUUGGAGGCCUGAUCCACGACAUCCGCCGCCGCUACCCACACUACAUCAGCGACUUAAAGGAUGCUGUGGACACGCAGUGCAUCGCUGCCGUCAUCUUCAUCUAUUUUGCUGCACUGUCGCCCACUAUUACCUUCGGAGGCCUGCUGGGAGAAAAAACAGAGGGCAUGAUGGGAGUGACGGAGCUAAUUGUGUCAACUGCAACUCUUGGAAUUAUAUUCUCGCUGCUUGCUGGCCAGCCCCUUCUCAUCAUAGGCUUCUCAGGACCCUUACUGGUGUUUGAAGAGGCCUACUACAAGUUCUGUCAGGCCCAUAACUACGAGUACCUGACUGGUCGAGUGUGGAUUGGUUUCUGGCUCGUCUUCAUUGUGCUGGUGAUUGUGGCAGCGGAGGGCAGCUUUCUUGUUCGCUACAUCUCACCCUUUACCCAGGAGAUUUUUGCUUUCCUCAUCUCCCUUAUCUUCAUCUAUGAGACUUUCUCUAAGCUCAUCAAGGUUUUUAAGGAACAUCCACUGAUGGCAGUGUAUCCCAGUUCCCCAGCUACUGAUUAUGUGAAUGACCACAUCCUCAACCAGCCCAACACUGCUCUCCUGUCUCUAGUCCUCAUGAUAGGCACUUUCUUUGUUGCUUUCUUCCUCAGGAAAUUCCGAAACAGUCGGUUUUUAGGUGGCAAGGUCAGAAGAAUCAUUGGUGACUUCGGCAUCCCCAUCUCGAUUUUACUUUCGGUAUUGGUGGAUAUCGCCAUCCCUGACACUUACACACAGAAACUCAAUGUGCCGUCGGGUUUCUCAGUCACCGCCCCUGACAAAAGAGGCUGGUUCAUCAGUCCCUUUGGCGAUAAGAAGCCUUUUCCCACCUGGAUGAUGGGAGCAUCUAUUGUACCUGCCCUUCUCGUCUUCAUCCUCAUUUUCAUGGAAACUCAGAUCACUUCAUUAAUAGUCAGUAAGAAGGAGCGUCGCCUGGUUAAAGGGUCAGGCUUCCACCUGGAUCUUCUGCUCAUCGUCAUUCUCGGUGCCAUCUGUCCUCUUUUCGGCCUGCCGUGGCUCACUGCAGCGACUGUGCGCUCCGUCACUCAUGUCAACGCCCUCACCGUCAUGAGCAAAGCCACGGCGCCUGGCGAAAAGCCCAUGAUCCAGGAGGUGAAAGAACAGAGGUUGACCGGGCUUCUGGUGGCUGUUCUUGUUGGUAUGUCCAUAGUGAUGACAGACGUGCUCCGCCACAUCCCUCUGGCGGUGCUGUUUGGCAUCUUCCUGUACAUGGGGGUCACCUCUCUGACAGGCAUCCAACUGUAUGAACGCAUCACGCUUAUGGUCACGCCCGCCAAGCAUCACCCUGACCACAUCUACGUCACCAAGGUGAAGACAUGGCGUAUGAACUUGUUCACCAUCACGCAGCUGGCGUGCAUCGUGGCUCUGUGGGUAGUGAAGUCUACCGUGGCCUCCCUGGCGUUCCCCUUCGUCCUCAUCAUGACGGUGCCGCUGCGACGCCUCAUCCUCUCCAGGAUUUUUGAGGAACGUGAGCUCCAGGCGCUGGAUUGCGACGAGGAUUCUCCCAACUUUGAUGAAGAUGGACGAGAUGAGUACAACGAGAUCCACAUGCUUGUAUAAAUUUAAAUAUGGUCCCGGCCAAUAUGACCUCCUCCGUCCUCCAGCUUUGACCAAUCAGAGCAAGCCUCUUUGGAAACCUCAGUGUCUCUGGGUGACGGAGACAAAGCGAGCGGAGCUAUCGCAGUGGUGUGUAAUUGUAAUUGUGUAAAAUAUUCAAAGGCUAUAGCUGGAUAAUCACCUCUUACCUUUGUUUAUUCCAGUUUUUUUAAAAGAACACACCUAAUGUUAGAUCUCUGUGUUGGUGGUGGUGUUGUGUUAAACUCCCUGAAGAAGUUAUUCUGUGAGACGCCAGAAAAUAGCACCCUACCUGAAGUGGUCGGAAAAAAACACAACUUACAUGAACACUUUAUCCAACUUUUUAUCCUAUAUAUCCCUUUAAUUCCUCUGCAGGUUCUGGGCAUAAGUGCAAUGACCUCUAGGAGUACAGCGGGCUAGCUGAUUCAGACUUAUUUUUGUCCUGAAUGUGGGAAAUAGGGUCAAUCUGCUUUCAUUUCUUUUCAUUCGGGAAGUGGAUUUCAUCAAAAUUCAGAAUUAUCCAAGUGAAUUCCCCUGCCUUUGAAGUUUAGCCGCCGUUUUCCUUAAUCCUCCUGCCAUUGCCUGUAGGUUGCAAUGAUGUGCAAACAAGGAGUUAAGUAGUCCUUUUCCUUUCUGUACAGACUUUUGAGUAAUGAGCACUUUGACUGGGCAAAAGUUCACUUUUGUCGCUGCCAACCGAGCUCCCUGGCACAAAGCCUCCUGUCUAAAUGUAGUUUCCCCUUGAAGCCAAACUCUCCACAGAGACUGUGCAAGCCUCUUCAAGGGGUGUUACUGUACUUUGUUAGGUGUUUAGUGCCCAACAUACCAGUCCUCUGACCCCUUUAGUGUGACCUUGGAUGUAAAAGUAAAUAGCUAACAUGGUCUCGACCUUAUUUUUCUACUUUGUUGUAUCUAUUUAUUUUGUGACCUUUGGACUUAAUGCCAUGCCAGAUUCUCAGUGAUGUUUAGACUCCGAAUAGCUUAAACUGCUAUAAACUAAAAAGAAAAUUGUGUAGGGUGACAGAAAAUAUGUCAUUAUUCGUCUGUUCUUUCAUCUUCUCUUCAAUAUUUCCACAGUGCGGUGCAUUUUUCACAGAUGUCAUGAAUAAUAUAAUAACACACUUGACUGGAAAAGCAUAGAAACUGAGCAAACACACUGAAACACUGACAUUGGGGAACAGUUGAGUGUUGGCAGGAUGUAUGAAUGAUGCAUUGUACAGCAAGACUGUGAGUUUGGAAUUAUAAUGUACCAUCUGUGUUCAGAGUUGUUUUGAAAUACCCAGAGAUUUAGUUUUCACCUCCUGUAUUGCGAGCCAACUAUAGAAUUUUAAUUACUAUUCAGCCGUGACGCCAUUUUCAGAAACCUCUUACUUCUGCCACACAGAAACACCAGUUGAAAAUUGACACACAAUUUCACAGGAGACUUGAUUAUUAAGUAACAAGAGAAGAAGAGGAAGACGUUCAUGUGAUUUUACUGAAAGGCCAGUGUGUCAGACCAGUAGUUCUCAAUGUGGGGUCCGGAGACCCCCAGGGGUCCUUGGGAGGGUUACAGGGGGGCCCCAGAAAAAAGUCCAUCUAUAACUAACACAAGGACAGACUGUAGGACUGCUUUGGUCAUGGGUUUCAUUCACGUUCUGUAAUACAACAUUUAAAAGCCAAAAUCCUU